AUGUAUCUUUUUAGAGGCGACGUGGCAAGCUUUUUCACAUCACCGAACUGUGUGGCUCCAAAGCAUUCGAAACUUUCAAAUGCAAAAGAACAAGCGGUGAGAUGCACACAGAGCUCCCUCUCAAUGGCGAGCACCACUUCUUCUACACUCGGAUUGCCCAAACUCCACUUCCCACAAUCAUUCACGUACAAAAUUUCAUCUUCGUCGUCGAGUAUCCCCAGGAAAACUCGGGUUCCUUCCAUUUCUUCGAAACCAAGCAGAAUAAUAUCAAUCUGUUCGUGUUUAACAGACAGUUCUUCAAUCGAAGCAGUGGAAGCAAUCAGCCCCAAAGUUCAAGUCGAAACAUGCACCUGGAAUUGGAAAGGCUAUUCGAUUCGAUACCAGUACGCCGGAAACAGUGGCCCUGCAUUGGUUUUAGUUCAUGGAUUCGGAGCAAACAGCGAUCAUUGGCGCAAAAACAUCCCUGUUCUUGCAGAAUCAAAUAGAGUAUUCUCAAUCGAUCUUAUUGGCUAUGAAAUAGUUAAAGAUCAAGCAUUCUUUAUCUGCAAUUCAAUCGGAGGACUUGUUGGUCUUCAAGCAGCAGUUUCAGAUCCAAGCAUCUGUAAAGGCAUUGUUCUUCUAAAUAUAUCUCUUCGUAUGCUUCAUAUAACAAAACAACCAUGGUUUGGGAGACCCCUGAUCAGAUCUUUCCAGAACUUACUGAGGAAUACCCCUGUUGGAAAAUUCUUCUUUCAAACUGUCGCAACACGAGAAUCUGUUAAGAAUAUUCUUUGUCAGUGUUAUCAUGAUACUUCCCAAGUGACUGAAGAACUGGUGGACACAAUCCUUCUUCCAGGGCUUGAGCCUGGUGCUGCUGACGUGUUCCUUGAAUUUAUUUGUUAUUCAGAUGGCCCACUUCCCGAAGAACUACUGCCUCUAGUAAAGUGUCCGGUGUUGGUGGCAUGGGGGGAUAAAGAUCCUUGGGAACCCGUUGAACUCGGAAAAGCUUAUGGACAGUUUGACACUGUUGAAGAUUUUGUUGUACUUCCUGACGUUGGUCAUUGCCCUCAGGAUGAAGCGCCUCAUUUGGUGAACCCGUUGGUCGAGUCUUUUAUUGCACGCCAUGCAAUAAUGAAAAGUUAGUUUUUGUUAAUUGACAAAUGAAACAUUACCAUUUUGUUGUUUUAUUUAAAGGUUCAAAAUUUAAGUCAAUGGGG